AUGAAAGUCACAGAUUUUUGCUCUGCGAUUGGUGCGAGCAGCAAUCUGUACUAUAACUUCAUGCACAAGCAUGGUACCAUGAAGGGAGCAGAUUUUGCAGCUUACCCAGCUGCAUGUUCCUAUUUCCAGAAGAGAGAGGACGCUGGAUUGAAACCUCCUACUAAGAAACAAAAGACUAAGGAUGACGACAAGGGUAAAAGCGAGACGACUAAGGAUGACAAGUUGAAUCUAUGUGACGUUCAUUCGGAUGGUAGGAGACUAACCAUCACAAGUAGAAAGACUACCGAAUUACUGACAAAAAUACUUCAAGGCGAAGAAACAGACUCCGUCCCCCGUCUACGACACCUGCGACGACAUCCGCCGCAAAAUAACCGCCUACCUCAAAAAUACCCAACAUCACCCAAGCACAAUUUUCCCGCGAUCUACACUCCCAACUGCACUCUGAAAACGCACCAAAAGGAAUUUCUGCCUCCCAACUCCAAUCUUUCCGCGGCAAAAAAGACCUGA